GUCAUAUAUCGUAAAAUACCGCCCAAUUCUGCAGCCAAUCAGAAUGCAGGGAAGCAUUCACCUUCCUGAUGAUUUGUAAAACAUUUCUGAGAAAGAAGUAGAGGUAUAAAAUGGCGUCACAAUAUCUUUUAAGUAAUAAAAGAUUUGGGGAAAAUGAUGAACCUAUAAAACUUCCCAGAAACAAUCCAAUUCCAAUACAGCACAAUGACUGCAUAAAAACAUUUCUGAAAUGUAUUCAAGAUGAAGGUUUGCAGAAAGCUUACAAUCGUUACGGAUACAAGCCUCAGGAAUCAAAUCUUUCAAGCUCGGUUGUCAGUACUGUACAUGAAGAUGAAACUAUGGUUGACGUCAUUGUUGUGGGUGCAGGAAUGGCAGGUCUAUCUGCAGCGUACGAGUUGAAAAAAGCUGGUCUUUCUGUGAAAAUUCGUGGGCAAACAGAGCGCUAUGGAGGAAGAGUCUAUACGUAUGGUAAAGAAAGUGGUCUUGCAUCUGGUUUAUAUGCAGAAGCAGGGGCUAUGCGAAUUCCUUGUGAUGCCGAUGGUCAAUAUGAGGGGCAACAUUAUUUGACAAAUGGUUACAUCAAGAACUUCAAUCUACCAAUAAAAAAUUUUCCAAACUACGAUGAAAAUGCCGUUUCUUGUAUCUAUGGGUUUCGCGAAAAAACUAAAAUUUGGUGUGAGAAACAUUUCAUCAAAAUUUGGCCAAAUUGGAAAGAUGGUAUAAAGGAAGAGUUAAAAGGAGAUAUAACUGAUAUUUAUAAAUAUUACCAAGAAACAACAGAUGUCGUCACUGGCCAGCUUUGCAUUUAGUGAUCGAAUUCCAAGAGCGUCGUUGAUCAAGUCUAUGCUUGGGAUCGAUGGAUUAAAAUUUGGAGUCGGUUCACGGUGGAAAGUUUUCUUGAAAGUAGUAUUAAUGUGAUUAAAGCUAAAGUGUCGGUUGAAGACCAGAAAGACUUAGAUUUAGUGAAACUUGAAAACCUUUUGCCAUGGUCUAACGAUGCCGUUCGUGGUUUUUCUGUAUUUUGCUAUGUGCCCGAAAUUGAAAUGUCCAUGGACCACUUUCUUUCUUUUAAACUGGGAAAGUGGUCAUCUGGUAAGAUGCAUUGCUUGAAAGGUGGUAUGCAUAAUUUGCCCAAAGCGUUUUUAAAAAAUGAAAUAUUAAGUAAAGAUGACAUAGAAUACAAGAAGCAAGUAUAUGAAAUAAAUUACGGAUAUCAAGAAAAAUAUCCACUGAAAGAUGUCGUAGAGGUGUCAUGUUAUUCUGUCAAUGAUGCACCAUGUGUGUAUAAGGCAAAGCGACAUCACUGAAUCGAAUAUAUCAAUCCUACAUUGUUCUUGAACCAAUGGCUAACAAUUGUAAAAUGUUUCAGGAAAACUUUGAACUAUGAAUAGAAAAUACUAUCCUCUUACAUAAACUAGAGUGUGUGCUCUUCUUGUUCAAGAAAUGAAUAAUCGCAAUUGUACAUGUGUUUUGUUGUUGUGUCGGCAGUAAUUAUUACCACGCCAAUAAACAUUUUGCGUCAAAUAAUAUUCAAAUCAAAGCUUGAUGACAUCAAAUCCCAGUUGGCGAUAAAAAAAAGCGAGCGUCCAGGCAAUGGGAAAUGUUUUUAAUCAGCAUUCAACAAAAAUCUUUCUUCAAACCAAAGAAAGAUUCUGGGAAAAUGAAGGAAUUAAAGGUGGAUUUUCAAAGACAAACCUUCCCAUAGGCCAGAUUCAUUACGUCACCCCGGAGGACUGCAAAACGAAAGAGGGCUUUUAAUGAUUUACACGUGGACGAAGGAGGCUCUGCUUUUUGGGUCGAUGAAAGAAAAAGUGGUAAAACGGAAAGUAGUUGAACAACUCGAAGAAAUUCAUCCAACCUUCAAAGAAGAUAUGGUGACAACCUUUAUUGUUCAUGCUUGGAAUAAUCUGCCAUCUUAUGAAGGAUCGUAUGGAGAAGUGAAAACAUCUCAUUACGAAAGUACAAGGCAUUUAUGGGAGCCGAUGGGUAACGUUCAUUUCGCUGGUGAAAGAAUUUCUUUUAUCCGUAUGUGGAUACAAGGUGCUUUAGAAAGUGGUUUAAAAGCUGCAUUUCAAGUUUAUGAACGACAUACGGAAAGAACCUGGAACCAUACGUUGUGAGCUUUUUCUGUAAUUGAGGUUAAAGUUUGUGUCCACUAUUUAUGAAAACCUUUAUAAUCUACCUUAUAGUUUCAUGUAUUUGGCCGUUGACGUACUGAUUUAUAACAUUUUUAACACACUUUUCUUUUUCUGUGUUCGCAUUUCAAGUAAUUUGUCUUUUCAAAAUUAAAUCAAAUUUUAAAAAGA